CUUCACGAGGAUCUGAUGAAGGUUCUGAACGAGCUCUACACGGUGAUGAAGACAUACCACAUGUACAACACAGACAGUAUCAGCUCUGAGAACAAACUGAAGGAUGCAGAGAAACAGGAGGAGAAGCAGAUGGGGCGUUUCGGUCGUCAGGACGACAGACAGACUCCCAGGUCACCUGACACACUGGCCAGCGUCAAGACGGAGGAGAAACAUGUCCGACGCUCCUCGGUCAAGAAGAUAGAGAAGAUGAAGGAGAAGAGGCAGGCUAAGUACACAGAGAACAAGCUGAAAGCGGUCAAGGCGAGGAAUGAGUACCUGCUGGCUCUGGAGGCCACCAACAGCUGUGUCUUCAAAUAUUACAUCCACGACCUGUCUGACAUCAUAGACUGCUGUGACCUGGGCUACCAUGCCAGUCUCCACCGUGCGUUGCGGACCUACCUGUCAGCCGAGAUGAACGUGGAGGCAUCUAAACACAGCGGUCUGGAGGGCCUGGAGAGGGCAGUAGAGAGCCUGGAGCCCAACGGGGACAAGCAGAGACUGAUGGAAACCUACAACAACGUCUUCUGUCCCCCCAUGCGCUUCGACUUCCAGUCACACAUGGGAGACACGAUGGGGGUAGUAUGUGCCCAGCAGCCGUUAGAGGGGGAGUUACUCCAGAGGUGUCAGCAGCUGCAGUCCCGUCUCUCCACCCUCACGAUCGAGAACGAGGAGGUGAAGAAGACUAUGGAGGCCACUCUGUCGACCAUCCAGGACAUGGUCACCGUGGAGGACUAUGACGUCAGCGAAUGUUUCCACCACAGCAACUCCAUGGAGUCGGUCAAGUCCACCAUGAGCCCCCGAGAAGAUCAGCGACAGGAGGAACUCUGCACUACGGAAGCAGGAUGCUUGGCUCAGGUCAUCCCUCUGAUGGGUGGAGAGCUGUAUCCGCUUCAUCAGUCGCCAAUGCUCACAAUGAGGGGCAUCUUCAAGAGUGUCUGGCUCUCAGAGUUGGAGGAGGCCUGGACCACGCCCUCUUCCCCAAGGAAGUCUUCCAAUGACCUCAAAUAUCCUGCCUUAAUGGAGAACCUGCAGGAGAGGGCUGUCCACAUCAGGAAGGUUCUGCUGUCUCUGCCCAGCAACACUCUCAUCAUCAUGAGAUACCUGUUUGCCUUGCUCAACUACCUGUCCCGGUACAGUGAGGACAACAUGAUGGAUCCGUAUAACCUGGCCAUCUGUUUCGGGCCCACACUGAUGUCAGUCCCAGAGAGCUGUGACCAGGUGUCCUGCCAGGCCCACGUUAAUGAGCUCAUCAAGACCAUCAUCAUCCACCACGACGGGGUCUUCCCCGGGCCACGGAACCUGCAGGGGCCCGUCUACAUCAGCCCAGGGGCCACUGACGAGUACUGUGAUCCCCACUGUGAGCCCCCCCUGGUGGACAUACCUGCUCCUGACACCAUCUCUGUCAUCCACAACAGCGAUGAUGGUGAGUACACAGCAAUAUGUACACACACACACACACGCUUGGAAGAUAACUUGUUCUUCCGUGAGGUGGGCCCGCCGGAGGUGUGGAAAGGAGGAAGUACAAACCAGUAUAGACCAGUACAGACCAACAUAGAGAAGAUGAGAGAAAGGAGUUCUAGUUGGCUUGGCUGUAGUCUGAUGUGUGUGUGUUCCAGGCCGGACGGGGGCAGAGGCAGUCCGAAGACUGAAGCAGAGUUGCAGGAGGAGAGAGUGUCCACUAGGGGCACCGCUGCCUCUCCUACUGGAGCUCAUGUAGCGGACAUCUACCUAGCCAACCUCAACAAGAUGAGGAAGAGGCCUGAGUUGGGGAGUAUUCGUAGGACCUUUUGGGGGUCUGAGGGGGUCCAGGGAGGUGAUGUGUCCCUGUCUGGGGCGACAGGAGGGGGCGUAAGGACGGCCAGUCUGCCGGUGGGAGGGGCUCUGGUGAAGGAGGGCGGCGACAAGCGACCGGUCAGCGCCCACAGUGUCCUCAACUCCUCAAUCACGCGUCACUCUUCUCUCAAGACCAAGGUGGAGAGCCCUCAGUUCUGCAAGGCGACUACCACGGGCCGCUCUAAGAGCUUCAGCAACCACCGGCCCCUGGAUCCUGAGGUCAUCGCUCAGAUGGAGCCCACCUCACAGGAUAUCGAGGCGGCUAUGAGCUCUGCUCUGAGUGAGCUGAAAGAGCUGGAGAGGCAGAGCAGUGUCAAGCACACGCACACCCCCGACGUGGUGCUGGACACACUGGAGCAGCUGAAGGGUGUGUGUGGGGGUGGCGGCGCGUCCGAGCCCUCCAGUCCCCUCCACUCCCGUCUGCUGAGGGACAGCGAGGGUGCAGGGUCUCCACACUCACACCCCCUCCAACGCAGCGCCUCGUCCGCUAGCGACGUCCCCUCCUCCUUCCGCCCCUCCAAGCCCAGGAGCCCCCUGCCCUCUUCCGCGUCCUCCUCUCUCGCCUCCUCAGCCCUCGCUUUCUCCACUCCCUCCUUCCGAGAGCCUCGUCCUCCAGCCACGCGGCCCAAGCCGGUGGUCUUCCCCAAGGGUGGAGGAGGCGGCAGUCCGGCUAUGGGCUCCCCAACCACCACUGUCCCCCCAACCCCUCCUACCCUCCACCCCACCCCAGCCAACGACAAGUCCUGCCCCGCCUGA